GUUGUUGUGUGUCGGAUAAAUAAAGUGCGUGACGGGGUUCUCUGUGGGUGUGUCGUGCAGUCUGAUGUCAGGUCUGAUCUCACUUCUUCAGGAUUACUGAACACAUCGCUUCACACGCGCUACACUUUCAGCUGAAGGAAUCCUUGAAUGUGGAAUAUUCUGGCAAUCCCUUGAAAUAUUGCAGACUUUUGAGUGGAACGCCGCCGGAGAGACACAUUCACACCCGUCAUCAUCAUCAUCAUCAUCAUCAUCACAACAUGAGGAACAUCACCAAGCUUUUAACUCUACUUCUGUACUUCACAACAACCUCAGAUGGCGCAGCUGUUUGUGAACCCAAGGAUGUGCCGGCAAAUGGAUACGAUUGGAUCGAGGUGCAGGAGAUGCCUCUGGGGUGUUGGACAGAUUUCAUCAGACCGGACGGAGCAGAAGUUCACAUCAUCAGUCUGUCUUUUUUUUCACAGCAGCCAUCUAUCUUCAGACUGAAUGUAAGUGCGGUGAUGUCAUCGGUGUUGAUCCUGAUGUCCAACAGCUCGCAGAUGAUCACACUUGUGCUGUCUGAUAUUCCAUCACAUCACAUCUAUGUGACAAUUAGAUCUUCAAUCCGGAUUAUCCAGCCAACCAGCAAAGAGGAAGUUCCGAGACAAGUCUCUCUAUUCACAGGUGUGGACUCUGAGCUGGUGAAGUGGGCGAGAAAAGAGUUCGGUGGAGUCACGUCCUUCACCUCAGCACGAGAUCCUCAAAGCAUCACUUUUACAGGGAAUAAAGGAGAAGGACUGCCGUCUCACUGCGAUCUUCAGGCUGCAGUGCCAUCAGAGAAAUUCAUUCAUCUGGUAGAGCCCGUGUCAUCCAGUCAUCUGAAAUCCUGUUACACAAAACAUCCUGGACAAGAACUUCACGUUAUUAAUAUUCCUGAUAAUGUCAUCAUAAGACAAGUGUCUGUGAAUUUAACAUCCGCAUGUAACAUUGUCCUGAGAGGUCCACCACACACAGAGUGGAAGAUCCACACCGAUCAAGAAGUGAAGUUCAUGUCUAAUAAUAUGGUGACGUUCAAGAGCUUCCCGGUGAAACCGCGCUUUGAUCUGUCAGAUGGUGAUGAUGAUCUCAUACAGAAGGUCUUCUCACAAUUUAACACAACAUUCAUCAGCAGUUAUACAAAGAUUAAUCGCAGCAUCCCAGCUGUUCAAUUGUGGAUCAAGACCAACAGCACAUCUACAGAUGAGGAGUCAGAUGAAGAAGAGCCGAGCACGUCAUCACCCGGUUCUUCAUCCGUCCCUAUCCAGAUGCAGUUAUUCUCUUCUCCAGACUACAGAUCUCCUCUGGAUGGCAGCAGUAAAGUUCAGAGUGAUAAGAGACUUUACGCAGAGAUCUCCAGUCAGCAUUUAGGAGAGAUCUCUUUCAGGAUCAGAGUCAGCAGAUGUUGGGUUCGCUCUGUGCCGCUGGUGAGGAACAUUUCCUUCAAAGAAGACACCUGUUUCCUUCCAGACUGUCCCAAGAGACUCAGUUUCUCUCUAGAGCUUCUUCAGGACCUGCCGUCCAGCUCAUGGGAUCUGGAGUGUGCCGUCAGACUCUGUAAUGACCUGGCAAAGAUUUGUUUGGAUGAAACGCAGGUGAAGAGGAACGUGCAGGUCAUCAGAUCUUACAUACCCAGCCCAGAUCAGUGUUUUGAGUUUGGACUCUCGGCCGUUCUGGGAAUCGCGUUCGGAGGAUUCAUGAUCGGAGUUCUUCUCACGGGGGCUUUAUGGUUCAUUAAAAUCCGCACAGGUCUUCCUGGAGGUCUGGACAUGAGAUCCACGGCGGCUGAACUCUCAGUUCUGUCUCUGUCGGGAUGCCCGUGCGGUCUGACCAAACGCCAGCCGGUGCCCACCCACCCGUCAGCGUCCGAGAACAGCAGCGCCAACGCCAGCAUCGGCAGCACUCAGAGCACACCCACCAGCAGCGUGGCAUAACGGUCCUGAGACCUUCCUUUACCUCACAGCACCUCCGUCAGUCACCGGCCAGCGGAAGUCAUCAGGCCUCCAGAAAAACACAAGAACCUUGGAUACCAGCGACAGGAAAAACAAAGCACAAGCCCUCGGGAACCAAGCGGAAAUUCAUGGCAUUCCUCGGUCGAGGAGGCAAAAUAAAAGACAAACAGCGGCGGGUCUCCGUGACGCAUGCGUGCGCUCUCAGAGCGUCUGAUUCAUCCAGUGAACCAUCUACAGUACACGCAUGUCUCUCUCACAGCUCUUACUGUAACGAGCGUCUCAUUCGUUCGGGACUAUUUGGGAUCCUCUGAGUCAAUCUGAGAAAGCAUCGGUGUGUGACGACACUAUCAGCUGUGAUUCAUGUCCGCUUCCCAUCAAAUUACUGAACUUGACUUCAAUUGAGUUUCUUUGGGGCUCAGAAUAAACCUCAGAGUUCAUUUCUGUGAACUGAAAUCAAACUUCCACUUUCUGAAACAUGCUGAGUUGAUUCAGUCGACGGUCGGGUAAGCGCUUCAUUUCUGACCCGACGCUCGCUCGUGUCAACUCAACAUGUUUUAGAGUUCAGAAUAUGAAGAUUGGAUGUUUGGAGUUCAGUUAUGAUGUAGCUUAUUUUACAACCGUUCAUUCAUACUACACAUGUGAAUGUAUUCAUGUAUCUGGAGAUCUGUGGUUUUUCUGUGUGUGUGUGUGUGUGUGUGUGUGAGAGAGAGAUAAAAGAUUUAAAGGAGUAGUUCACUUUGAAAAUAAAUGUUGAUGAUCAUUUCCUCACCCUCAUGUCAUCCAAGAUGUUUCUGUGUUUGUUUCUUUACUGGAAAAGAAAUGAAGGUUUUUGAUGAAAACAUUGCAGGAUUUUUCUCCAUAUAGUGACUUCAAUGGACUCCAAACGCUUGAAGGUCAAAGUUAUAGUUUCAGUGCAGCUUCAAAGGACUUUAAACCAAACCAGACCAUGAAUAAAGAUCUCAUUUUCUAAAAAAAAAAUAAGUAUAUGCUCUAUAAACACAAAUGCUGGCCUUGCUCUGUUCUGCGAUGCGCGUUAAUGGCUUUACAAAAUACUUAAUUACAUUGAAAAGGUCACACUUGAUGUAGGCUGAAGUAAAGAGUCAGUGUAAAAGUCCUCUGAAGCUGCACUGAAACUGUCAUUUUCUCCUUCAAGUGUUUGGAGUCCAAUGAAGUCACUACGUGGAGAAAAAUCCU